AUGUUCUCCAUCCAGGACAGCCUCCCGCGGGGAGCCUUGACCAUGAAAGAGGAACCGCUCACGAGUGGCAUGACACCGGUCCGCUCUUGGAUGCAGAGCGCGGGGAUAUUGGACGCGAACACAGCAGCACAAAGCGGUGUAGGUCUGGCCCGGGCUCACUAUGAAAAACAGCCCCCCUCGAACCUACGCAAAUCCAACUUCUUCCACUUUGUGUUGGCGCUGUACGACCGACAGGGCCAGCCCGUGGAGAUCGAGAGAACCUCUUACAUAGACUUUGUGGAGAAAGACAAAGAGUACAAUGGAGAGAAGACCAACAACGGCAUCCAUUACAGGCUACAGCUUCUUUACAGUAACGGCAUCAGGACAGAACAAGAUCUGUUUGUACGGUUAAUAGACUCCAUGACCAAACAGGCGAUCCUCUACGAGGGCCAGGACAAAAACCCAGAGAUGUGCCGUGUCCUUCUCACCCACGAGAUCAUGUGCAGUCGUUGUUGUGACAAGAAGAGCUGUGGAAACCGCAACGAGACGCCCUCCGACCCAGUCAUCAUUGACAGAUUCUUCUUGAAAUUCUUCCUCAAGUGCAAUCAGAACUGCUUGAAAAAUGCAGGGAACCCACGAGACAUGAGAAGGUUUCAGGUGGUGGUCUCCACUACAGUGAACGUGGAUGGCCAUGUCCUUGCUGUCUCUGACAACAUGUUUGUCCACAACAACUCCAAACAUGGCAGGAGGGCCCGACGCCUGGACCCCUCUGAAGGUACAACUUCUGUUUCACAACAUUCAGCUACGCCCUGCAUCAAAGCCAUCAGCCCGAGUGAGGGGUGGACGACCGGAGGAGCCACUGUCAUCAUCAUCGGAGACAACUUCUUUGACGGACUGCAGGUGGUCUUCGGCACUAUGCUGGUCUGGAGUGAGCUAAUCACGCCCCACGCCAUCCGGGUCCAGACGCCCCCUCGCCACAUCCCAGGGGUCGUGGAGGUCACGCUCUCUUACAAAUCCAAGCAGUUCUGCAAAGGGGCGCCAGGACGUUUUGUCUACACCGCCUUGAAUGAGCCAACCAUCGACUACGGCUUCCAGAGGCUACAGAAGGUCAUCCCCAGACACCCAGGAGAUCCCGAGAGGUUACCUAAGGAAGUGCUGUUAAAGCGAUCAGCAGACUUAGUAGAAGCCCUGUACGGAAUGCCCCACAAUAACCAGGAGAUCAUUCUGAAGCGGGCAGCUGACCUGACCGAGGCACUGUACAGCGUCCCCCGCAGCCACAACCAGCUGCCUUCGCUUAGCGGCUCGGCCGCUCACUCCGGCAUGAUGGGAGUCAACUCCUUCAGCAGCCAGCUGGCCGUCAACAUCUCCGAGGCCUCGCAGGGGGACCAGGGUUACUCCCGUAACUCCAACAGCGUAUCGCCCCGUGGCUACGUCCCCAGCUCCACGCCCCAGCAGUCCAACUACAACACCAUCACGUCCACCAUGAACGGUUACGGAGCGGGCAUGACCAACCUGGGGGUGCCAGGCUCGCCCAGCUUCCUCAACGGCUCCGCUGCCAACUCCCCCUACGCAAGAUCUACCACCUCCCCCUCCUCCUCCUACUCCUCCUCCUCCUCCUCCAUCCCUCUGUUCUCCGGUGGACCCAUAGGCCCUUAUUCAUUCUCUCCUGUCCAUAUGAUCUCUGCAGUCAAACAGAAGAGCGCCUUCGCCCCUGUCGUGCGGCCACAGACCUCCCCGCCCCCCACCUGCACCACCACCAAUGGCAGCAGCCUACAGGCCAUGGCAGGUCUAAUAGUCCCACCUAUGUGA